AUGGAGUCGAAAUCCAAUCCUGAGAAGCCCAUAGAGGGCUCGUCUCCUGAUGCUAUUGAUUCUUCUUCCAGCUCUCGAAAUGGUGCCUCUACCGAUGAUAAACCCACCGUGCUGACCACAGAGAACGUCGAAAAGUCCCACAAUGAUCUCAAUCAUGGCUACGAUCCCAGACUUGCCCCAACAUAUACCGAGGCUGAAGAGGAUGCUGUCAUUCGCAAACUUGACUGGCAUCUCUUGCCCCUCAUCUUUGUCCUCUACAGCCUUUCGGUGCUGGAUAGAUCCAAUCUGGGAAAUGCCAGAAUUUCAGGCAUGGAGAACGAUAUUGAUCUUUCUGGAACCCGCUACGAUUGGCUGGGCACCACUUUUUACAUUGCCUACAUUCUAUCCCAAUGGACCCAGAUUGGUUGGAAAGCUUUCAAGCCCCAUCGGUGGGUAGCCGUCGUUGUUUUCCUCUGGGGAUUCGCCUCGAGCAUUCAAGCGGCCUGCCACAGUUGGGCCGGCAUCAUGGUGUGUCGAGUCUUUCUCGCCAUUUUCGAAGCUGCUUAUGGACCUGGCGUACCUCUGUACUUAUCCUUCUUCUACCCUCGAGAAAAGCUCGGCUUGCGAACAGGCAUAUUCUUGUCUGGCUCGGCCGCAGCGAAUGCUUAUGGCGGUGCCCUAGCAUAUGGUAUCUCUCAAGCUCGAGGAAGUAUCGGUCCAUGGAAGAUACUGUUCAUCGUGGAGGGAAUCCCCACAUGUAUCCUUGCCAUGGUGGCAUGGUUCUUUCUUCCAGACGAUCCACAGAGUGCCCGUUUUUUGAGCGAGCGAGAACGUGAGAUCGCAGUCGAUUUGUCUCUGCGCCAACCUGGUGACAGGACAGGGAACAAAGGGAUCCAAUGGAAGCAAGUCAUUGGCGGGCUCAAAGACUACCGAUCAUAUUUGCCGCCUAUCAUGUACUUUGGCUGCAAUGUUUGUUUCGCAUCACUCCCAUUGUUCGUACCGACCAUCAUAUCUGAGAUGGGUGCCUUCACCACGAUUCAAUCCAACGGGCUCUCAGCCCCGCCAUACGUCCUUUGCUUCAUUGCGAUCGUUACUGUUGCGUUUCUGUCUGACCGCUUCAGAAUGCGCGGCCCGUUCUUAGCCGGAGCCGCUUUGAUAGCCGCUGUGGGCUACAUCAUCCUGGCUACCACCUCAGGUGUUGCACCGAGGUAUUUUGGUCUUUUCCUCGCGUCGCUGAUCUUCGUUUCUGUGUCUCAAUGCCUUACAUGGGUCGGCAAUACGCAUGCCACAGACAGCAAGCGCGCGGCAGGUCUAGCAUUACUCGCCACCGGUGGACAAUGCGGACCGAUCCUGGGCACCAGAAUCUUCCCCAAGUCCGACAAGCCAUAUUACCGCAAGGGAAUGUGGAUCUCGUGCGGCGCUUGUCUGCUCGUCGUGGCUGCAGCGUGCAUCCAGAUGGUGAUUUUGCAUCGCGACAAUAUCAAGAGAGAUAAGAAGUACGGAAGCAAUAGAGAGACUGUUCACCUCGAGAAGCCAACUGAGUGGGGCGAUGAUAAGCAGUUCCGAUAUGUAAUUUGA